AUGUUCUUCAGCAAUCAAGAAAACACACAAAGUAAUAAAUAAAAUGUCCCUUUAACAAAUAAAUCAUUCAAUUAUUAACUAAUAAAAAAUAAUUCAGUUAAAUAAGAUUAAAUUUGUUAUGCAAUAGCUAUUAAUAAAGAUGUUUCAAUUGUUUUAGUUGCAUGUAGUAAGGAUAUUAAAGUAUUUGAAUUCCAAAAGGAAGUGUUGAAACAAACUUAACUUUUGAUUGAUCAUUAAGAUUAUGUAAACACUUUAAACUUUAUGAAUAAAUCUAAUCGAUUUAUAUCUGGAAGUAGUGAUAAGUAAAUUAUAAUAUGGGUACAGAAUUAAAACAAUUAAUGGGUUUUUUAAGAGAAAUUAACUGGACAUACUAAUCAAAUAAGAUGUUUAGUGUUAAAUAAUAAUGAUGAUUAGAUCAUUUCAGGUAGUUCUGAUAAUACGAUUAAAUUUUGGAUGAAAAAAUAGAAUGAAUGGUUUUGUUCAUAAACUAUUGCAGAACAUACUUAAUAAUUACUAGCAUUAAGUUUGAAUGAUCAAUAAAAUAAAGUGAUUUCAUGUGGUUGGGAUGCAUUAAUAUUAAUAAUAAAAUAAUCAUAAUAGGAUUCCAAAUGGAUGAUAAUCUAAAAGAUAAAGGUUGAAUAAUAUGGUUGUCGUAUAUGCUUUAUAGAUGAUAACAUAUUCACAUUCUAACCAUUUAGCGAAUAUUAUAUGCAUAUAUAUGAAAUGAAUAAAACUAAUGAACAGUAUUCAAAGGUAAAGCAUAUUGAUCUUAAAGGUGGUUAUGAUUAAUGGUAUUUUCCAUAAUAGUAUGUAAAAUCAAAAUGUAUUCUUGUAAAUGAAAAUAAAAGUUGUGUAUAUUUGAUAAGGAAAAUUGGAGAUUGCGAAUUUAAAAUAGAAUAAACAAUUUAAUUUAAAGAUAAUAGUCAAAUUUAUGGAUAAAUGAGUGAUGAUGGUUAGUAUUUGAUCAUUUGGGAUGAAGGUUCAAAAGAAAUUCAAAUUAGAAAAUAUAAUGAAAUAUGA